AUGUCCACGAAUCCUCCGCUCAAUCGAAAGCUACGUAUGGCCCUGGUCGGCGGCGGUCAGGGUUCGUUCAUCGGUCGCGUGCACUGCACCGCUGCCGUGCUCGACAAUCGGGCCGCCCUGGUGGCCGGAGCUCUCUCUUCCAACCCAGAACGGGCCAAAGCCUCGGCGGCCGACUACGACAUUCCGCCCGCACGGGCCUACGGAUCGGUAACCGAGCUGAUCGAAAGCGAAAGCAAACUGCCCGAGGACGAGCGGAUCGAUUUUGUCUCGAUCGCCACGCCCAAUCACACGCACUUCGAAAUCGCCAAGGCGGCCGUCGAAGCCGGCUUCAACGUGAUGUGCGACAAGCCGAUGACGUUUGAUCUCGAUCAGGCCGAAGCCCUGGCCGACGCGGUCGACAAGUCGGGCGUGGUGUUCGCCGUCACGCACAACUACACAGGCUACCCCCUGGUGCGGCAAGCCCGCGAGAUGGUGAUGGCCGGCGAGCUGGGCGAGAUUAACGCCAUUCGCUCCAACUACCUGCAAGGCUGGUUGCGAAAGCGGAUCGAAGACGAAGACCAGAAGCAAGCCGCCUGGCGCACCGACCCUUCGAAGAGCGGCGCAGCCGGAUGCUUUGGUGACAUCGGCACCCACGCUUACAACCUGGCCCGCUACAUGACCGGCCUGCUACCGACGGAGAUUUCUUGUCACCUUCGCACGUUCGAGGGCGGGCGGAAGUUGGACGACUACGGGCAUGCACUGAUCCGUUUCGAGAAUGGCGCCUUGGGCACGGUCACCGCCUCGCAAAUUAGCCACGGGCGGGAGAACGAUCUGUUCAUCGAGAUCGACGGCACCGAAGGCUCGUUGCAAUGGCGGCAGGAAGAACCCAACGUGAUGGUCUACCGCCGCAACGGGCAUCCCCACGCGUUGUAUACCCGCGACCCGAACGCCCCCUACAUGAACGCCAGCGGCGCGGCCGCCUGCCGGCUGCCCAGCGGACACCCCGAGGCGUUCUUCGAAGCGUUCGCCAACGUCUAUCGCGCCACGUUCGACAACAUGGCCCUCCGCGCCACCGGCAAACCCUUCGAAGCCCGCGACACCGUCUACCCCAACAUCAACGACGGCGUCGAAGGCAUGUACUUCAUCCAACAAAGCGUCGCCAGCAGCAACGACGGCGGAGCCUGGCUUCUGGAUGCGCAUCCUGUCGCCAAGCUGACGGUGGCGAUUCUAAUGAAUGCUAUUUGCCCAAAUCGUAAUGCGACACUCUUGCUGUGGUUGCUGUGGUUGCUGGUUCUGCUGAACUUGGCUGUGCUUUCUGGCUGCGGAAGUUCAGCUCCUGGCAGAAGCUUGCCUCUGGAAGCGUCGGAAGUCUUUGAUGAUCCCGGUGCCGCAGCCCUCUCAGCGGCGGCCGAGCGAGGCGACGUCGCGGAGAUACGGAGGCUCGUCCAGGAGGAAGGAGUGGACGUGAAUCAUGUAGGCGAACAAGGCAUUACUCCCUUACUUCGCGCGCUCUCACGGAAGAAUUGGGAGGGGUUCAGCGAAUUGCUCGCAUUGGGAGCGGAUCCGAAUCCUCAAAUGUCAAACGGUGGAACCGUAAUGAAUUUGGCUGCAAGGCUCACGGGAGAACCACGUUGGUUGAGCCUAGCGUUGGAGCACGGCGGGAAUCCAGAUUUGCCUAACAGAAUGAAUCCGAAUGCUCACGGAGCCACACCAAUCUUUUAUGCAAUCGCUGAGCACAAUGUCGAAGGCGUGCAGGUUCUUAUCCAUGGAGGUGCAGAUGUAGACUUCGUCGAUGAUUUAGGGAUGGCGCCGAUUCAUGAAGCAGGUGAUUUCUCCUACUGGGACAUCGUCUACCUCCUCUUGGAAGCAGGAGCCGAUUACGAAGCAAAGAACCGCCAUGGUGUCGAUAUCGAGAUGCGAUUGAAAAAGACCGAAGGUCUGGAGCCGAAGGGGCCGGGCCAAGCAGAAGCUCGCGAAAAAGUCAUCGCCUUUCUGAAAGAGCAUGGAGUCGAAGUAGAAUAA